GAAGCAGAGUCAAACCGGAUCAGGUGGUUGCCGACUUCUCCUCCCCCCGCCCCCAGUCCAGGGUCCCGCAAGCCGCCGGCUGAGCAACUGCCCUCCUCCCUCCCUUCUCUGCCUCCCGCAUCGCCUGCUCGGCCACUUUCUCGGGAGGCGCCGCAGCCGACAGGGCGGAGGACCCGGCAGCUGGAGGUUCGAAACUCCGCUCCAGAACACCGGGACGUCCGAAAGGGGUCGUGGCGCCUGGUCGGACCGGAGUGAGAACUGUAAACGCAGGGCAAGAGGAUUUCCCCGCGGAGCAGAAGGCGGACGAGCGGGGCACCGAAAGGCUCCGGAUGGUCCUGCUCGGAUCGGAUUGCUCUUCCCUCGGCAGCCGGACGAAGCAAGGAUCCGGUUUGGCGGCGCGGAUUCGGAUUGCUCCCAAACCCUGCCCCGCAUCCACCAAAAGCACCUAGUUUGACGUGUGUCAGCAGCUCGGAUGGCAGAUCCAACUGAGCAUCAUGAGUCACACAAGAUGAUCAAGCUUUUUGUGUCUUUUGAGUCCCAUGACUUUGCAGUCGAAAUGGGCACUUUACCUAAUGCUUGAUGCUGAUGAGUGAUUUGCAGAAGCUGAAUUCAGAGAGUCUUCUAAGAGGAUCUGCACACGUUUACCAACACAGAGAGUGCUUAAUAUCUGAAGCUCUUGCUUGUUGAUGAUGCAACAGAAAAAGAACCAGAAGUGUGCUAACUUUUUGAGUGGCAGUCCUCUUCUUAAAAGCACUGCAAUACAAUAUGAUAAGUCCAUAGGCUUUUGGGCGGAGAAAAGGGUUCCGUUGUGAGAGGACGAAGAAGAAGUUCAGUCACCAAGAUGUCAUAUCGAGAAUGCUAUCUAAGCUUGUACUCCAGAAGGCCUGGAUUUGGUAAAGAUUCAGCUACCUUCUUAAGAAGUGUGUAAAGGAUUAAGUCGAAAAGGAAAGAAAAAUCAGCUGAGCAGAGAAUGACCCUGUACAACCAGUCCUCAGAGUUUUCUGACUGGGGUAGGUCAAACAUGUCUCUGAACUCCAGUGCCAUACCACCAGACUGGGAAGAAGGGCCGUUGCUUGGCCUGAAAGUUUCACUGGCUGUGGUUUUGGCCGUGAUCACUCUGGCGACGAUGCUUUCCAAUACAUUUGUGAUCAUCACAAUUAUUCUUACGAGAAAACUCCACACCCCUGCAAAUUAUCUCAUCGGCUCCUUGGCUGCCACGGACCUCUUAGUGUCAAUCCUCGUAAUGCCGAUCAGCAUCACUUACACUGUCGGACGUAUAUGGACCUUCGGCCAGAUCAUGUGUGACAUCUGGUUGUCCUCCGACAUUACCUGCUGCACUGCCUCCAUUCUGCAUCUUUGCGUAAUUGCUUUGGACAGGUACUGGGCCAUCACGGAUGCUCUUGAAUACACUAAGCGCCGGACUGCUGGCAGGGCUGCUGUCAUGAUCGCCAUCGUUUGGGUUAUUUCUAUUUGCAUCUCGAUGCCGCCGCUGUUCUGGAGACAAGCCAAAGCCCAUGAAGAAGAAGCUUUUUGCACUGUGAACACCGAUCAGAUUUCCUACACAAUCUAUUCCACCUGUGGCGCCUUCUAUAUCCCAACAGUGUUGCUCAUUAUACUGUACGGUAGGAUUUAUGUGGCCGCCCGAUCCCGAAUCCUGAAGCCACCCUCUCUGUAUGGGAAGCGCUUCACAACUGCUCACCUCAUCACUGGCUCGGCGGGUUCGUCCCUCUGUUCCAUUAGCUCGAACCUUCAGGAAGGACAUUCCCAUUCUAGUGGCUCGCCCGUGUAUAUCAACCAUGUGAAAAUCAAAGUUGCUGAUAGCAUCUUGGAGAGAAAACGGAUUUCGGCUGCCCGAGAAAGGAAAGCCACCAAAACUCUGGGGAUUAUUUUAGGGGCCUUCAUUGUCUGCUGGCUGCCUUUCUUCGUGGUGACUUUGGUCCUGCCAAUCUGUCAGGAUGCCUGCUGGUUUCACCCCGUCCUGAUUGACUUUUUCACCUGGUUGGGGUACCUGAACUCCUUAAUCAAUCCUGUUAUAUACACGGCUUUCAAUGAUGAAUUCAAACAGGCUUUCCAGAAAAUGAUACAAUUCAAAAAGUGCUCCUAGGCGUAACCCUGUCUGGCUUCGACCCACUUGCCGAUGCAUAUGCUUACCCCCAUCCUGCCCACAGAAUUUCCUAUUGGGUGGGCGCUAAAUUGUUGUCUCAUUGUACCUGUGACCAACAGUCUCUUGCUUUUCAUUGUACUUCUUUCUGCUGUCUGUGAUGGUUCUAACUUUUAGCCCGUAUGCUGAACACGUCUAUCAGCGAAACCAGAGAGGAUUAAAGGGAAUGAAACCAUUUUCACGGCCCCCAGACAAGCUGAUUUUUCAGGCUAUCCAAAUCUCAUCAGAUCAGGGAAGCUAAGCAGGGCCCAACCUGGCGAGUAUUUGGAUGAGAGACCUCCACGGAAGUCCAGGAUCGCUACACGGAGAGGGGUGAUGGCAACCUGUUUGCUUCUUGCCUUGAAAACCUUUUGGGGUCAUGAUAAAUCGGCUGUGAUUUGACUGAACUUUCCACCACCAAAAUGACCGAAUUCCUCCGUUCUUGCUUUACUGUAAAUUAGAGAGUAGCCACCAGUCAACUUGCUCUUGAUCAUUUAUUUCCUGCCCCACAUCUUAUAACCUGGAGACUGUAAUGUCAGUUUACCUUUUAAAGCUUUUUGCAAGGACCACAGAGCAAAUUAUAUGAGGUUCUUUGAGCACCUAGAAAAAGUACAAUAUAAGCAAGUAUUAUUGUUUACUAUACAAACCUAUCAAAAAUGUGCGUCGUUUGUUCUUUAAAAGGUUUUCAUGAGGUGAAAAGGUCUGAGGUACCAGUAUGAUCCCAAAUUCAUGUUUCCUCAAACACAAUACAUAUAUAUAUAUUGCAGAUGAAAUACUUCCAAGCAAUUUCCAUUAUUGUGACAAACUGUGACUGUUCCGUGAAAUGAUUUUCUAAAAGGUCUAAGCAUGGUUAACACAGCAUACUUCCUGAAGGGGCUAUUUCCUCUGGGUACACUGUGAAGCUCAUACGGACAGCAGCAGCGCCGGCAGAAAAACAGAGUACUGGGGGAAGGAAGUUUUUUUAUCAGUCCCCCCAUGUCCCCUCUUAGCAGCUCUAAUCCCAAGAGGUGGCUCACCACAAUCUGUGUUAUCUUGUAAUGUUUUAAGAUAUUGUAAACUACCUUGGCAAUAAUUUGAUCCAAAAGCAGAAUGUAAAUCAUUACAAUAAUAAAUAAGAACCCUGGAGAAGCUUUUGAGGAGUUUCCUUGACAAAAAAAAAUCCCUUGUGACAGACAAGGUAUCCAAAAGGGGACUUGUCUGUUGUAACUGAUCUUCCCUUGAAAGGAACAUGAUUCACAGUCUUUGUUUUAGGCACUUUGGAAUUUGUUAUGGUAAUUGUUGACAGAGUAAGGCAGCAAAGGUGUGCAAUCUGGUUGAAGUGUAGAUAAAUGUUUAUUAACAACUAGGGCCAGAGAUUUUUUAUAGACUCCUAUUUCCUGACUACAUAACUAGCUGUGAGCAAAGAUAGAAUGGCGGGGAGGCUUCUAAGAAGAAGGGUAUUGCCCUAAGAGUAUCAGUCUGGGAGUGAUAAGUCAGACAAGCAUUUUUCCCCCCGUACUGAGGGCACGCAUGAAAACCUCCUUAAGAUUUUUGGAAUCUAGAUUUGUUCUGAACUAUAAAUCUUCCCCUCAGUUUCCAGGUGUUCUACAGGUAGUAGAACUGUGAGGCAAGUUUGUGGUGCACAAGGAGAUCAUUGAGAUCCUUAAGGCUGGAUUGAUAUAUAAACAACUAAGUGGAUUUAUUUAUUUGCAGGUUGGUUUUAAUAGAACCAACCAGCAGCAGCAGCAGCACAAUUCUCCAGGCAAAGUAGAAACCUGGCUGAGGCACAAGAAUUUAAACUUUUUUUACAAUGCUUGCAAGCACAAAACAAUUAUUGACUAGCCCACUAGGUUGGAUCCUCUCAUACACACAGGAUUCCACCCACACCAUCCUGCCCUUUUCCAAGAGUCAGACUAAAUGGUACAAAAUAUACUCAUCACCAGAGUCAGGCCUAACAAUCAAGUAGUCUCUUUUGUCCCAAAGACACAGCUAAACUGCUCUGCCAUACUACCAGGUUCCUGUCCAUCCCAGGUUAAAAAAAAAAAGUUCAUGUGGAAUUGUUUCUAAGGAAAUCUGGAAUACAUGUAUGGGUAGCUGAUGAAAAAGAUAGUCACUAUUUCUUGUGUAUAUUGUAUGUUCUCUUUAGGGCAUUCUGUGAAUUUUCUUAUAAAAUGAGAGCAUCAUUUAGAAUUAUUUUUCUACGUUUUCUCGCAUCAGCUCUAAGUCAUGUACUCAUUCCCAACAAAAUAAAGAGCAUGAGAAGUUAUUUUAAAUAA